CAACGACAACUGUCACAUGAUUUUCACCUGACUUGACGUAUACUUCGCAAAUUCCAAUUUUCCCAACAGGAAAAUACGAAAAAAAUCAAGGCGAUAUAUUGUUCGAGUCCCAUCUGUAAAAAAUCCAACAAAAAACAGGCAAAAUGAAAAUCUGUGGUCCUAAACUGUCCCUCUGUGGUUUGAUCAUCUCCGUUUGGGGCAUUAUCCAAUUGGUGUUGAUGGGCUUGUUCUUCUAUAUCCACAGUGUAGCCUUGAUUGAGGAUUUGCCCAUUGAGGAGGAAUACCAUAGUUUGGAUGCAUUCUAUACAGCUGCCAACAAUGCUUACAAUCAGAACGCCUACAACUGUUGGAUUGCAGCUUGCAUCUAUGUGCUGACCUUAUUGUUAUCUGCCCAACAAUUCUAUGUCAACAGUCGAGUAACUGCCAACUAAGUUUCUCCAGAUAAUAAAACAUGUACAGAGGGAUGUUGCAGACUUAGAUUAGAGGAAGAAACGGGGAAAUUAAACUAAGCAUCAUGAACAACAUUGUUGUAUCCCAAUACACCAUUCCCUCCCCAACGACACAAAAUGUAGAAUCUGCAAUUGGAUGUUACGUUUGCUUCAUUAACAACAACAAUGUAAACUCUAGUUGUCUAGUUACUUAAAUUCAAAUUCGUUUUCCAAACAUUAAGUAAAUCACAAAAAACAACAACAACAAGAACACAAUGACGAUCAUAUAUAAAAAAUUCUUAUUUGUUCAUUCACCCAUUUUUUUUGUCUUGAAUAAUAAUAACCAGCUCAAAAGAAGAUUUUUCAAAAAGCAAUUGUGUUUAAUUUUCGCUUGGUGUUUUAAUUUUGUAUUAUUCAUUUAUCGAGUAAGAAACUGCAAAUAUUUUAUUUCCAACAACAUUCCUUAAGAUCGUCAUCCGUUGUGCUAUUUGAGAAACAUUUUAUGCUAAGUUUUCAAAAACAUAUUUCUUCAAUGUUUUGUAAUUAUUUUGCAAGAUAUCAAGUAUUUUUCUUUUCCUCCAGUUUAGUGUUUAUUUUUUUGUUUGUUUAUUUAAUAUUUUAGUCAUUGUUGUCUACCUGUAUAAUUGAGAGAAGAUUCAAUAUAAAAUCUGUUUUUUUCUUGGUUUUUUUAAUAGCUAUCAUUUUAUUUUGGAUUUAUACUCAGUAUGUUCUUAAACACAAUAUCAGUAAUAUUUUGAGAGUUCAUUCGAAAAUAUUAGUUAAUAUUUAACGAAAGCAAUUGUAAAACAAAUUUUGUAUUAAUAUAUAGUUGUGUGUGUAUCCUAGUGUGUGUAAGUUUCUUGUUUUGCAAUUGCUUUUCGUUGAUAUUGUCUAAAUUCGAAAUUCGAUUAAUUACCAGCUUUUUUUUGUGUUAAAUUGAUAUACACAAAAAUAAUAACCGAGAAGUUUAUGUAAAUUAUAUAAGCGUUAGUAAAUGAAAAAAUACAACCCACAAUAAUGUAUAAUUACUGUCAAUAAAGAUUAUUAUAAUAAUAAAUCAAUAUACAAAACAAACUCA